AAUACAUUUUUAUUUUUGCAGUGCUUACAAAUACACUGUACCUGCCCGUGGUUCCUGUAUGGUCAAGACGGACAUUCAAAUUAAACUUCCGUCCGGAUAUUAUGGUCGAGUCGCACCACGAUCAGGCCUUGCUUUAAAGAACAAGCUUGAUGUUGGAGCUGGAGUGAUUGAUGAAGACUACCGUGGAAAUGUGGGAGUAAUCUUGUUCAAUUUUGGGGACGCCGAUUUCGAAAUUAAUGAAGGUGAUCGCGUGGCACAAUUGAUCUGUGAGAAGAUCUACCCUGAAAUUGUAGAGUUGGAGAGUUUGGACGAGACCAAGAUUGUUUGACAAUUUAUCAUAAUA